CUUGGCAACAACAGCUCUCACUUCCGUAAACAACGCGGUUCGGUCUGGGUGAAAAUGAGCUAACUCCUAAAGGAUUUGUGGUGUUAUUAUUAAGUAUCCGUUCUGCUUAUACAAACGGCGAAUUAAAGAUCGAGAAACACACUAAAACUCCCAGCUGCCAUGGUUCGCCUGACUGUAGAUCUGAUUGCCAGAUCUAACAAUCGCCUUAAAACCAAAAGAAAUUUCUCAAUCCAGCAUUAUCUCAAGAAAUUAACACAUCUCAACUUUUCAAACAGGAACAUCGAUGUUAUUGAUGACCUUUCCAUGUGCAGAAACCUCACAGUCCUAUACUUGUAUGACAAUCAAAUUACACACAUCUGCAACCUGAAUUUUGCUUCCAAUCUCACACACUUGUACAUGCAGAACAACAAGAUCACUCACAUCGAGAACUUGUCAUGUUUGCAGAAGCUCUCCAAAUUGUUUCUGGGGGGCAACUGCAUUACGCUGGUCGAGGGUUUGGACCAAUUGAGAGAGCUGAAGGAGCUGCACAUCGAAGGCCAGAGACUCCCACCAGGAGAGAAGCUGCUCUUUGACCCUCGUACUGUUCACAGCCUGUCGGCAUCAUUAUGUGUUUUGAAUAUUAACAACAACAACAUUGAUGAGAUACUGGAUCUGGCCGUUCUUAACAAACUGACACAUUUAUAUGCUGCAGACAACCAGCUAGAGGACAUACAGGAAUUGGAGACGGUGUUUUGCCAAUGGCCUCAACUGCAUCGGAUGAAUUUGCAUGGAAAUCCGGUCUGUCAUAAACCCAAAUACAGAGACAGACUUAUAACUGUUUGCAAAGGCCUGGUGGAACUCGAUGAGAGGGAGAUACCCGAGUUGUCUAGGCAGUUCUUAAUCAACUGGAAAGCCUCAAAAGACACCAAGAAGAAAAUAACAGAUGGUAGAAUCACGACAGGACAAAUCACAUAUCCCUUUUCUGCUGACUUUCACUUGGGCCCUCAACAUCCCAUUGCUUAUAACCCUGCUGGCUUUCCAGGGAAGAGGAAGCCGCUCUGGUUUGGGAGACCCACCAUGAAAAUGAGGUCAGGCCCAGUGCGGACAGAUUGCGGAGGCGUAAGCAAGUCUUAGGAUAUCGAUUGCUUCACUUUGUUGCUGUAUGUAAGGUCACGAGCUACAGUUUAACUUUGGAAAAACUACCCGCUCCCCUGAGAGCAUACCCACUUAAGCACUAUUCCCAGAGAUGCACAAGAGUGUUGAUUUGGACCGGCUUGCCCACAAAUUCAGGUUUAGGACCACAUGCCAUUUUUUCUUGCCAUCCUCCAAUGAUUUAGUGACUGCAUUCCCAUUAUGGGCGAAGGAUAGAAGUAUCACACCCUUGCUACUGCAUGUCCAAUAGUUUGAGAAGAUGUGCUGCCAAGCUUCAUAGAAAUCAGAUAAGGGAUGUGAUCGACUUCACCAUGCCUGACUAGCAGGUGUGAUAGAUAUAUUAAAAUGGAAUAUCGAUCACUCAAGUGCCAAAAUAAUAGAAAAAAAAUUCAUUAUAAAACACAUUUAGAGAAAAGAAAUUUAAUCAUUACAUAGACAUAGAUUGUAUUCUUUAGUCAAUGUAAAAAUGGAUAUAUUUUAUGGAGAGUAGCUAAUGCUGAGUAACAAUAAUCUUAAUAACCAGUUGUUUAUGUCCAUAAUUACAUUUAUUUAAUAAAUAAUUUUUGUUCUGUUUACACUCAGAAAUUAAGGCAAUAAACUGCACUUUUUCUUGUCACUGUGAUGAUGGUACACCUUUUGUACCUUUAGUAGCCUAUGUAUCUUUAUACUCUUAAAAAUUAUUUACAGUAUAAAAAUUGGACUUGAAGGACCACUGAUGAUUUACUUUAAAAGCUAGAACACCACAUCCCAAGUAAAAGAAUCAUAAGAAUCACGAAGACCCCCUGAGCGCAGGAAUAAUUACAGAUAUUCAACAGACGAAAGUUCAGAGUCACAUGGCUGUCUGACCAUCCUCUAGAAGAAACUCUGCGGACCUCUUAGACGUUUCCCAUGGCCUGUACCCCGCACACAGACAGUUCAUCACGACGGCAUGUGGAAUGGAUCUGAGCGCUCACAAAAAGAUCAAGUCCACAGUAAUUGUCUGUCAUAAUGUCAGAAUGCCACUUUCAGAGCUGUAACACACUGUCAGCAAGCACUCUGAGACACAUUUCGCUCUAUGCGCUCACACACUGCCUCUGUAUUUGAUCAGUUUAUUGGCAGCUAUUUGAUCAAAUGAUGCCUGUAGGAAUUUCUGUUUUUAUCACAUUCCAAUGACCUUUAUCUAAAGGCCUCGUUUGGGGUGUUUUUAAAUUUAUUUUAUUUUAAUGAGUGUACUAUUUGUUGAAUAUCAGGACUUCCUGUUAUUUACAGUAUGAGUCAGUGUUUGCAUUAAAAUAUAUUCUUAAUUCUUUCA